AUGCAAUUUCUGCAUUACGAAGCAUUGUCAAUGAUGAUAAUAAAUGUAAAUCAAAUUGUAUUAACAGCUGGAUCUUCGUCUUCAUCUUUUGAUCUUAUUCCAUCUCAUGGCUUUUAUAAUGAAGAAGAAUUGAUUCGACAAUGUGACAAAUUAUUUGUCGAUCUCGAAAAUUCUGAAAGAUUCAAUAUGGAUACUUGUCAGGUUGCUUCCUAUACUCAUUCUUUAUUGAAUGGUUCUAUCGAUGGAUGCAAUCUCUGGGGUCUUAAUUUAUCACGUUGCCUAUAUGUGAAUAAUUUUCCAACAGAGCAAAACCAAUGGCGUUAUUUGAGAUCAAUUUUCGAGAUUUAUGGGGUGGUUCAUGAAAUAUUUGUUGGAAUCGGUUUUGCUUUCAUCAUAUAUUAUGAUAUUCGUGACUCAAUGAGAGCAAAUAUUCACCUCCGAAAUAUAGUCUCUCCUGAUAGCAGCAGAAGAAUGGAAAUAAAGUAUUCAUCCAUUUCAUGGAUCGUUAAGAAAUUCCCAAACAUUAAAGAUGAUUAUGAGUGGAAAAACGACGGAACCAUUAAAGUUUCGUGGAGGGGAUCACUCCGACUUAAACGAACGAUUCUUAAUGCCUUUGUACAAGUCAGUGAAAUCAGAAAUAUAUUUUCUGAUGAUACCUCUUGUACAGUUGUUAUCGAAUAUUUCGAUACACGGGCUGCUUUGUCCGCGAAAGAAAAAUUUGACGGACAAAUGCUUAAAUUUCAUAAUAUUUUAAUAAAUGUGGAAUUUUAUGAUAUGGAAACAAAUUCGUGGGAUUUAGUUUCCGAAGAUUUUACGAAUCGUACAAGAUCUAGUUCCGUCGUCGUUUCUCCUCUCCCACUGCCUCGGCAACUACCGAAUAUAACUCAUAAUCCCCAUUCUUCUACUAGAAUUCAUUCUUUUAUCUCUUAUCCUCAAUCACAACAAAUAACUUGUGAAAGUUUCAAUCCAAAUUCGUUACUCAUUCAUCCUGGCUCUCAAUCGACAAAAUCGACACAAUCUACUCAAUCGAUCCAGUCUACUCAAUCGACCCAAUCUACUCAGUCUACUCAAACUCAAAAUGAUAGUGAUAGUGAUACGCAGAAGCAUUCACCACCUGCGAAUAGCACAAUUAUAUCAUCUGGCAACAGAGCGAUCCCUGAAAAAAAUUCUGUUGAUCUUGAAAAAAUAAGGAGGGGUCUGGAUAAACGAACAACAUUCAUGAUUCGAAAUAUACCAAAUAAAUAUACACAGCGUAUGCUUUUAGAUUGGCUUGACGAAACCCAUCGAGGCCAAUACGAUUUCGUCUAUUUACGAAUUGAUUUCAAUAACAAAUGUAAUGUCGGUUACGCAUUUAUUAACUUUGUGAGCGUUGAGCCAAACUUUAAUUCAAAUAAAAUAUGCGAGCUCUCGUAUGCUAACGUUCAAGGUAGAAAUGCUCUUAUUCAAAAGUUUCGAAAUUCAGGAGUAAUGGCCGAGGCACCUGAAUUUAGACCAAAACUUUUCUAUACAACUGGACCUAUGAGUGGACUUGAAGCACCAUUUCCUAAACCCAGUUGUGUUGAAAAACUGGCAACUUUGAAAGCGAUUAAAUGGUAG